CUGCACUAUGGGACACUCAUGGGCAGCAGAGCUUGUGUCCAAAUGGCAGGAGCUGCCUGGGCCAGUGGUUUUCUCAAUGCAGUGCUGCACACUGCAAACACAUUUUCAAUUCCACUCUGCCAAGGCAAUGCUGUGGAGCAGUUCUUCUGUGAAAUCCCCCAGCUCCUCAGGCUCUCCUGCUCUGACUCCUACUUCAGGAAAGCUGGGGUUACUGUGGUUAGUUUUUGUGUAGCUUGUGAGUGCUUUGUGUUCAUUGUGCUGUCCUGCGUGCAGAUCUUCAGGGUCGUGCUGAGGAUCCCCUCCGAGCAGGGCCGGCACAAAGUCUUUUCCAUGUGCCUCCCGCACCUGGCCGUGGUCUCCCUGUUCGUCAUCACUGCAAUGUUUGCCUACCUGAAGCCCCCCUCCAUGUCCUCCCCAGCUCUGGAGCUGGUGGUGGCUGUUCUGUACUCAGUGGUGCCUCCAACACUGAACCCGCUCAUCUACAGCAUGAGGAACAAAGAGAUCAAAGAGGCACUGAGGAAAUUGAUUCAAUGUGUAGUAUUUUACCACUCAUAG